GGCAGCAAGCAAGGAAUAAGAAGAGGAGGGUGAGGGGAGGGUACAGGACCUCCUGCCUUAUCACCGAGGGCUUUUCCCCAGCGCCGCUUAUCUGACUCUCUCAGAUGGGGAAGCUCCAAGACAUGAUCAAGUUUUAGCUUUGAUCAACCAUUAGGGAUUUGCAUUCUUUAUCAAAUCGUCGAAAAAUCGGAUUUUUUUGGAGCUAGGUUUCAGUGGUAAUCUGUAGAUCCGGGAGAAGUUCCUUUUUCGAGUGAUAUUAUCGACGAAAUAUCUCAAGGAGAAGAAGAUGGAGGCCAGUGCAGGUCUCGUCGCCGGUUCUCACAAUAGAAAUGAGCUUGUCGUAAUCCGCCGCGAGGGGGAGCCAGGACCGAAGCCUUUGCAGCAGUUGAGUGGUCAGAUCUGCCAGAUUUGCGGGGACGAUGUCGGGCUUACCGUCGAUGGGGAGCUCUUUGUGGCCUGCAAUGAGUGCGCUUUCCCGAUUUGCCGCACUUGCUAUGAGUAUGAGCGCAGGGAAGGUAACCAGGUGUGUCCUCAGUGCAAAACCAGGUUCAAACGUCUCAAGGGUUGUGCUCGAGUUGCUGGAGACGAGGAAGAAGAUGGCGUGGAUGAUCUUGAGAAUGAGUUCAAUUUUGUGGGAAGGAAUAGGGAGGACGGGCAGUAUAUUGCUGAGUCAAUGCUGCAGGGACACAUGAGCUAUGGCCGAGGAGAUUCGGAAUUUCCUCAAGUUUUUCAUACAAUGCCUAUGGUUCCUUUGCUCACCAAUGGCCAAAUGGUUGAUGAUAUCCCUCCUGAACAGCACGCUCUUGUUCCUUCCUUCAUGGGUGGUGGAGGGAAGAGGAUCCAUCCUCUCCCAUUUUCAGAUCUCAAUCUUCCUGUGCAACCAAGAUCCAUGGAUCCUUCCAAGGACCUCGCUGCUUAUGGUUAUGGAAGUGUAGCUUGGAAGGAGAGAAUGGAGAAUUGGAAGCAGAAACAAGAGAAACUGCAUCCGUCUCGAAAUGAAAAUGGCGGCAAGGAUUGGGAUAAUGAUGGUGAUGGGCCAGAUUUGCCAUUAAUGGAUGAAGCUAGACAACCACUAUCGAGGAAGCUUCCUAUUUCUUCUAGCCAAAUCAACCCAUACCGAAUGAUCAUCAUAAUUCGGCUAGUAAUUGUUGGAUUUUUCUUUCAUUACCGGGUUACUCAUCCUGUGCCUGACGCAUAUGCUUUGUGGCUCAUAUCUGUAAUAUGUGAAAUUUGGUUUGCUGUUUCAUGGAUUCUUGAUCAAUUCCCAAAAUGGCUUCCAAUUGAGAGGGAGACCUACCUUGACAGAUUGUCAUUAAGGUAUGAGAAAGAGGGUCAACCUUCUCAACUAGCUCCAAUCGACAUUUUUGUCAGCACUGUUGAUCCUAUGAAGGAACCUCCUUUGGUUACAGCAAACACGGUCCUUUCUAUCCUUGCGGUGGAUUACCCGGUUGACAAAGUUUCGUGCUAUGUUUCUGAUGAUGGUGCGGCGAUGCUUACAUUCGAAGCAUUAUCAGAGACGUCUGAGUUUGCAAAAAAAUGGGUUCCAUUUUGCAAAAAGUUUAAUAUUGAGCCGAGGGCACCAGAAUGGUAUUUCCAACAAAAGAUUGAUUAUUUGAAGGAUAAAGUCUUGCCAUCAUUUGUAAAGGAGAGGAGAGCAAUGAAGAGGGAGUACGAGGAAUUUAAAGUCCGGAUCAAUGCUUUGGUUGCCAAAGCGCAAAAGGUUCCCGAGGAGGGUUGGACGAUGCAGGAUGGUACUCCAUGGCCUGGAAAUAAUAUUCGUGAUCACCCUGGAAUGAUUCAGGUUUUUCUGGGCCAAAGUGGCGGCCAUGACAUGGAUGGAAAUGAGCUACCGCGUUUGGUUUAUGUUUCAAGAGAGAAGAGGCCUGGAUUCACUCAUCACAAGAAGGCUGGUGCUAUGAAUGCUUUGGUUAGAGUAUCUGCUGUCCUUACAAAUGCUCCAUAUUUGUUGAACUUGGAUUGUGACCACUACUUCAACAAUAGCAAAGCAAUAAGAGAAGCAAUGUGCUUUAUGAUGGAUCCGCUGGUUGGAAAGAGAGUGUGCUAUGUACAAUUUCCCCAGAGGUUUGAUGGCAUUGAUCGGCACGAUCGAUAUGCUAAUCGGAACAUCGUGUUCUUUGAUAUCAACAUGAAAGGUCUUGAUGGGAUUCAAGGGCCAAUUUAUGUUGGAACUGGCUGCGUGUUCCGGAGGCAAGCACUAUAUGGUUUUGAUGUCCCCAAAGUAAAGAAGCCACCCACAAGGACUUGCAACUGUUUGCCAAAGUGGUGCUGCUGUUGCUGCUGCUGUUCCGGGAGGACAAAGAAGAAGAAGAAUGUCAAAACAAAGCAUGAAAAGAAUGUAAAAAAUUUAAGGAGACUAGAUAAUGGAGCACCCGUUUUUGCUUUGGAGGGUAUAGAAGAGGGCAUUGAAGGAGUUGAGAGCGAAAAAUCAACCAAUAUGACAGGGAAGUUAGAGAAGAAGUUUGGCCAAUCUCCGGUUUUUGUUGCUUCUACUCUAUUAGAGAAUGGAGGAACACUGAAAAAUGCUUCUCCAGCAUCUUUGUUAAAGGAAGCCAUUCAUGUUAUUAGUUGUGGAUAUGAAGACAAAUCAGACUGGGGAAAAGAGGUUGGUUGGAUCUAUGGUUCUGUCACAGAAGAUAUCUUGACAGGAUUUAAGAUGCAUUGUCAUGGCUGGCGCUCAAUCUAUUGCAUACCUUCCAGGCCCGCCUUUAAAGGAUCUGCGCCUCUCAAUCUCUCUGAUCGUCUACACCAAGUGCUGAGAUGGGCUCUUGGUUCCGUAGAAAUUUUCUUGAGCAGACAUUGUCCAUUAUGGUACGGAUAUGGUGGAGGGCUCAAAUGGCUCGAGCGGUUUUCGUACAUAAAUGCCACUGUUUAUCCAUUUACAUCCAUUCCUCUUCUUGCUUACUGCUCCUUGCCUGCUGUGUGCUUGCUUACUGGGAAAUUUAUCACUCCAGAGCUGAACAAUGUAGCCAGCUUAUGGUUUAUCUCUCUCUUCAUCAGCAUUUUCGCAACGAGCAUUCUUGAGAUGAGAUGGAGUGGCAUAGGCAUGGCGGAUUGGUGGAGAAACGAGCAGUUUUGGGUCAUUGGGGGCGUUUCCUCUCAUUUAUUUGCAGUGUUUCAGGGUCUUCUUAAGGUUCUAGCUGGUAUAGAUACGAACUUCACCGUGACAUCAAAAGCUGGGGACGACGAGGACUUCUCGGAGCUCUACACAUUCAAGUGGACCACACUCCUGAUCCCUCCGACGACAUUGCUCGUGAUAAACAUGAUUGGUGUGGUUGCCGGGGUCUCCAAUGCCAUCAACAAUGGAUACGAGUCUUGGGGACCUCUAUUUGGCCGCCUUUUCUUCGCAUUCUGGGUGAUCGUACAUCUCUAUCCCUUCCUGAAAGGUCUAGUCGGCCGGCAGAACAGAACGCCGACCAUCAUCAUCGUGUGGUCCAUUCUCCUGGCUUCGAUCUUUUCGCUCCUUUGGGUGAGGAUUGAUCCGUUCCUGCCCAAAUCCGAUGGCCCGGUUCUAGAGGAGUGUGGGUUAGACUGCAACUGAGCUGAAAACUGUGAUGAAAUUAUUGUGUUAAUGUGUAGAUAGAAAACACGGGCAAUGUUGCAAUUUUUGUCUUUAGUCUUUGUUCUUUAAGGGCGAGUCCGACUCAUUGAUCUGGUUAACCGGAACUAGCGAGCGGGCUCACCCGUUUCUGUGUAGUUUUGUUUGCUGGGAGUUAGGUGGCUAUCGGUGGCGGUGCUUCGUUUGAUUCUUUAUUAGUUUGGAGGAGACAUGAGAGAACUAAAUGAGGUGGUCGGCAUGAUUCAUGUACUACCGCAGUUGAUCAUCUCUGCAUUAAAUUCUUUGAAAUAAAGGCAGCAGGACCUAAUAGGAGCUGCUAUAUUUAUUCACCUGGACAUAUAUAUAGUGCUGAGGUCUUGAAUGCCUAUUGUUGAUUUUAGUCCCACUUAGUGAUGCGUCGAUAAGCAGCAACUUUUGUGUGUUAAAAAGUAGAAAAAAAAAAAAAUGGAGGAGUUGGUGGGAGGAGGAGAGUUUUGAUGGGGAGAAGAGAAAGCGAUGUAGGCCUUCUAUCUUGUCUUCCUCCACUGUAAUAAUAGUGCUGCUGUUUUGUAUUUGUUUCAGAAAGUAAACUCUGCUACUACUUGUAUCAUGCUUAUUAUGUUCA